CAAAUUUACAAGAGGACUGACCUGAUAACUUAAUGUAAUAUCAAUUGAUUUGACUUAAAUCUAGAUUUGUUUUAACGGAAUAUUGUGAUUGAAGUUCACCAGAUUAUAACUUCUAUUGGAAGUACAGACCAAAAUGAGAGUCUUCUUUGCUGUUUUUGGAACUUUGUCUAUCAUACCAGGUGUGCAUGUCUCAAAUACUCCGGCCACGCCCCUCUACCCGGAUCAGUUCACGCAGAACUUCACAGAGAUAGUGUACGAGGCAGAGGGCUCCUACUUGACCACUGGCACCUACAUCUACGACUGGACCAACUUGAAGUACAGCAUCGAGAGGGAGAACGGACGACAUGACAUAUUCUGCCAGGCAGAGUACCCAAACACAGACACUCCUUGCUCCCACAUUAUAGUGGGCGGAAACAGAUUCCUCUCCUAUCCGGACAUGAAUGACUGCUGCUACUGCUGUGACUCAUCUGAGGGGUGUGGACUGCUGAAACCUGAUUGGCUGAGUGAUGCCACAUUCCAGGGCACCUUCUUUGUCCACCUCAACAAUGGGUCAUACGCUAACACUUACAAGUGGAAGAAGGACGGAAACGAAGCGAACUUCUACUACGAGACGAUGGAGUCCAGUCCUUUAAACAGAACUAUGGUGGAGAUCUUCCAGAGCCCCUCGGAAGCCGCCUUGUACGACAUCCCCAGACUACUCACAGUCGACUCAGAGAAACUCUCUCUUCCCCCAAUCUGCUCAAUGAACAAGACCUGCUCUGGGGUCUGUGCUUUGGUUCGAAGUAACGCAACACCACUGCCUCUUCCUUUCUAAGUCACAUAUUUAAAGUGAUUGAACUUCGAAGUCUUGUAUUUAGUUAUAUUUAGGCUUGCUUAAUGAUGACCGCAAUUCACUUAUUAAAAAUCUCGAUUGAUAAAAAACUUGAUGAAAUUGACAAAUGCACACA